CCAAGCCUUGGGAGCAAUGACAAUUGCUAUUGGCUGACGGUGAAUUCAAGUCCCGGCGGUUUGAACUUUUUGUUCACUUUGGAGAUCGCAAAGAAUACAACGAGUGCUCCUCUUCUCACUUGCGACUUGCACACUCUUCCGCGUCUAAGUAGGACAGAGCUGCUUCGUCAAAAUGCUGUGCGCAAUCUCUGGUGAACCACCCCAGGUCCCGGUGGUGUCGCGAAAGAGUGGCAAGGUCUAUGAGAAGCGCCUUAUCGAGGCAUACAUCACCGAAAAUGGCAAAGAACCAGUCAACGACCAAGUCCUCUCAGUGGAAGAUCUUAUUGAGCUUGACACCCAACCUACUGUCUAUCCUCGCCCACCACAAUUGACCUCUAUUCCGUCGUUGCUAUCGAUGUUCCAGAAUGAGUGGGAUGCGCUGGCUCUCCAAUACUACGACCUCAAGAGAAGCCUGAAGGAGACCGAACAAAAACUGAGCGUGGCAUUGUACCAGAACGACGCUGCUGUGAGGGUCAUCGCACGACUUCAAAAAGAACGAGACGAAGCGAGAGCAUCUCUGGCCAAGAUUGACGUCGGUCGAGGAGCAGCAGGCCCCAGCACCAACGGAGACGCAAUGCAGGUUGACAGUGCACCACUGCCUGCACCCAUACUGGAGAAGAUUGACAGUGUCCAAGAGAGUUUGUCAAGAACAAGACGGAAGAGACCAGUGCCAGAAGACUGGGCGACUCCGGACGCGAUAUCAGCCUAUACUGCGCAGUCCACUUCCGAACCUCUAUAUCCUGGUGGAACAUUGUUGGCUGUGCAUGAUUCUAGCGACUUGGCGCUUGUCGCAGGAAACGGUGCCAAGGCAGGGGUGUAUUCGCUGUCUAACAACCAAUUACUGCGUGCACUCGAUGGUGAGACAGGCUCGAUCACCAGUGGACUCUGGGCUCAGGAUAAAGCCGUUAUUGCGACAUCAUCUGGUGUGGUCAAGGUCUUUGGUGCAGACGAAUCGGAUACUUCUUCAUUCUCGGUCCAUGCUGGGUCUGUCAAUGGGGUGACUUUGCAUGCUAGUGGCAGCAUCGUGGCAUCCGUUGGCGAGGACAAGACAUACGUUCUCUAUGACCUUCAAACCAUGCAGACGCUGACGCAGGUCCAGACCGACUCAGCCCUGAACUGUGCACAAUUUCACCCUGACGGCCACCUUUUGGCUGCUGGCGCCGUAGACGGACAGAUCAAGAUCUUUGACGUCAAAUCUGGCACGCUCGCCGCGGCUUUUGAUCUGGCGGCUCCGGUCAAAUGCGUCUUUUUCUCGGAGAACGGCACGUGGCUGGCGGGUGUAACAGAAGGCUCAACAACGAUCUCGAUCUGGGAUUUGAGGAAAGCCGCUCAGAUCAAGAGCAUUGAAACCGGUAGUCAAGUGCAAUCCAUCAGCUGGGAUUAUACGGGGCAGUUCCUGGCAGCUGCAGGGACCGGUGGUGUUACUGUCGAGCAGUACUCCAAGGCGUCCAAGGAAUGGUCGGAAAUCUCGAAGUCCGCCACGCCUUCGACGAGAAUUGCAUGGGGCAAAGGAGCGCACAACCUGUUCAGUCUGAGCGAGCAAGGAGUCAUUACGACGUUUGGGAGAUGAAUCAGCAAUGGGAUGGCUGAAACUUGACUUGUACAACGACAUAAAAGGCUGCUCUUGAUACCCAUACUUGGAAGAGAACUUGGAAGAUGUGAAUGCCGGUCUGCCUUCACUGGUGGUCGAUAUCACGAGGAGGCACAUAGUCUGGUGACCUGAAAGUGAAGAACGCAAUCUUCACCUCGGGAGCAGGUAAUGCAUAAACAAAGCGAAUUGGUCUCAAG